AUGUCCACCAACCCUCCCUCCCCAGCGCCCGGCUUCUCAUCCCGCGCCUCCCUCCUACUCCAAACCACCCACUCCCUCUGCACCCUUUUCUCCCACUCCUCCCCUCCAUCCCGAAUCCGAGAACUCUUCACCCCCUCACCAACGAUAACGGAGCACGGACCUCCUCUCCUCCCUUUCCUGCGCACGUUUUCCGGACCCUCGGCCGUCUCCGACUACCUGGGCAUCCUCUCCGAGCACCUAUCUCUCUCUUCCGUCCAAUACGGCCAACCCACGAUAGACAAAGACAAAGAAACAGUGACGAUCUCCGCCCACGCGCGGUUCACUUGGCUCUCACCCCCGGGAACUGGAACCUCAUGGACCGAAGACUUCCUCUACAUGCUGAGCGAGUUUGACCCCCGGGGCAGGGUGGGGAGAUGGGACGUCUGGGCAGACCCGUUGAGCGCUUGGCUUGCUAGUCGGGGGAAGACGGUGCAGUCUGUCCUGGAUUCUUCGGAGGAGGGGAUUUGA